AUGGGGAUAGGAACUAUUUCAAAUGAAUCAGAAGGAUUUCGUUGGAGUCAAGAAUCUGCUCGGGCUGGAAACAUUGAUACAAUCUAUAAUAUUGGUUGUUGUUAUGAUGGUAAAGGGGUUAUUGUGGUUAUGGAAAAUCAAACCGUAACAUUUGAAUGGUAUAAAAAAGCUGCGGAAAGUGAUGAUAAUGAUGGUCAAUGCAUGAUUGGAAAAUGCUUUUAUGGAGGGUAUGGGAUUAAAAGGGACAUUGUAAAAGCUAUAUUUUGGUUAAAUAAAACGAAGGAAAAGGGAAAUACGGACGCUAAUAGAUUAUUAGAAAUAAUAGAAUUAGAAAGAAUAAGCAUUUCAGCCAAUAAAAUAGCCCAUGCGCUAUAA